UCUCCUGAGAGAGGCUGGGCGGCCGCACGGAGACCAGGGCAGCGGUGUGAGGGCAGGAAAGGAGGCCGGCGGGCCGCGGGCGGGCCUGCCCUGCACCUGGGGAACGAGACCCCCCUUCCCGCCUGUGGGAAGCGGAUCCUGGGGGCUCAGCGCCCGGCCCGGCCUCGCCACGAGCCCUCGGCGGGGCGGACCACCGGGAGACAGACUCCCCGGGAGACAGACUCCCCGGGAGACAGACACCCGGGGCCGCGCGGAAGGAAGCAACGCACCCUCAGCUCCCGCCCCCGGGCCAGGCCCGGCCCCGCCGCCAUCCCGGCCCGGCCGCCGCUCGCCAUGGGCGCGGGCGGGCGGUGGGUGCGGGCGGCACAGACGCUGCUCAGCGGGGCGCUGAGCCUGGGGCUCUUCCUGCACCCCACAGAGCUGCAACAGCAAGAGGAGCGCGGGGAGCUGCUGCAGCCGCUGCUCUUCGUCCUGCUGGUGCUGGGCUCCGUCCUGCUGUACUUCAGGGUGUCUCUCAUGGAUCCGGGUUUUGUCAAGUCUGAAGAAGAAGCAAAGGCAGGCAAGAGUGAAGAGCCAAGCAUAGUGAUACCACAAGUCCCAGGUCACAUUAAGAUGCGGCGCUGUGGUUACUGCCUGGUGCAGCAACCGAUGCGAGCCAAGCACUGCCAGCUGUGCCAGCACUGCGUGCGGCGCUACGACCACCACUGCCCCUGGAUUGAGAACUGUGUGGGGGAGAAGAAUCACCCCCUCUUCAUAGUCUACCUGAGUGUGCAGCUUGUGGUUCUGCUGUGGGGAGGUCACAUCGCCUGGUCAGGCCUCUCCUUUGAACAGUCGUGGGACUGGCUGCAACACAACAUCUUCCUCCUCAUCUCCUUCCUCCUGAUAGUCAUAUUCACCACUGUUGUCCUGCUGCUACUGCUUUCACACCUCUAUCUGAUCUCCUGCAACACCACCACCUGGGAGUUCAUGUCCCACCAUCGCAUCUCCUACCUGCGACACUCCGAGUUGGAGAAUCCCUUCGACCAAGGGAUCAUCCUCAACCUCUGGAGAUUCUUCUGUUCCUGCCACCUCACUGUAUGGGAGAAAAUCUAUUACCACAGGAACAACGAGCCUGUCUAGUCCCAGUAGUACCUACCUGGUGGAGUGCCAACACAGCUGCAGGGGCUGGGUAAAGCUGUGCUAAUGCAACUGCUGCUGUUCUCUUGCACGGAACUUCAGCACUUCAUGAACUAUGCAACGUGUUCCAUACCUGUUCAUCCUGCAAAUUACAUUUCAAGGAUGGUCAGGGUUGUUUUUUAUAUAUGAAUAGCACUGUUAAAGGGGAGACACUGGUUCUGGGAAGGCCAGCAGAGCUGAUUUCUGGAAUGAGCAAAGGUAUCUCUCUAAAUGUACUUCCUUUUGCUAUCUGCAUCCACAUCUCUCCAGAGAGGAUGCAAGAGAAGUGUGAGCCUCCAUGUUCACUUCUCUUCCCCAAAGUUUUCCUCUCCUUUUGCUGCUAGGGAAGAACAACUAUUACAGCCAGAAUCAAUAUAAUUCCUGUGGCCUUUCUUCAACAUAGUUCUCACUGUGAGAACUACAGCACCUUUUGUCAGUCAUGUUGGGCACGUAAUAGAAAUAUUUGAGUAAAUAUUUGGACAGUCAAAAGCAAAUUUCAUUUUGACCACAUGCCCUAACAUAAUGCUUUGCACAAAGAUUGGAGGCUUAAUAGUUUUAAUGUGGAUGAGAAGCAGCUGUAAGGCACCAAAUCCAGCUUAUGAGAUAAUUAGCCAGUCCUUUGUGAGGUCCUGACCAGCUUCCUAACAGUUUUUUCUUGAAGUUUAUCAUCCUGUUAACAGUUCACAGUCUGUUUUAAAUGAAGUCAGCAAAACCAUCCAUUUUUCUUUGGACAGAAAAGUGAUAUUUGCCUGCUGAAUUAUUUCUGAGGAUAACUUCAUGCUCAGGCCUUUCAUGUAGCUUGUGUAGAAAGAACCCAUAGCAGAGGUGGGUACUUCUUGCCUCGCUCAAGUGACACUGUUGGUAACACUACUACCUCAGCAUUGUAGGAAAAGUUUAAUUAAAGAAUCCAAAGUUUCAAUGCAGAGGGAAGGUUCUAGGAUAGCAGCAAGCUUACCUGUUUUCCAUGGCAACAAAAGGUCACACUUCAAGUUUCCACAAGAACCUAAAAGGAAGCUUGGGAUGACCCAAAUUAGCUUUAAAGGCAGAAAAGGCUGCAGAGUGAAUUUUAGACCUGACCCUUUUCUGUUUAAACCCCUUGCCCCCCUGCAAAAGCAGCACCACACCUCAGUCAAAAUUAUUUUGUGCCUUAACUGCCUUGGCUCAGGAAUUAACACCAGCUCGAGCACAUCUGGCAAGCUGGUAGGAUGCACUCAGGGUUUAAAGUUGAUGAGCACUCAUGAAAGGACAGUGUAAGUCACUAAUACAGCAGUAGAGUCCAAAAGCAGUUUAAAAACAGCAGAAGGAUCCCUUUUUUCACCAAUUCCAGAGUUUUUAAUCUGUGUCCGGUCUGGUUGGUUCAGGGUAGAAACUCCUAUCAGAGGGAUAUCAGAACACUAGGACUGGUGGUACCAAACAGAAAGGAUUCUGCAGUUUGUUUGUGUCACUGUGGCACCUGCUGAAGUCUGGCUCAUCUGCCUCACAGCAAUGUCUGCUUCUUGAGGCAUCAGUCAGAAAUUGUCAGCAGGUGCUACAGUUUUCCUCUGUUUGGUAAUUAUUUUUUUAAAUGCACUGGGAUGGUAAUUUACAGUGUUUUUACUGUGAACUAUACAUUAAAAUAUUAAAUAUGC